UGGUGCACAAGGUGCGCAGUGCACGUGUAAUGGCCGCGUCUGCUUCUUUGCAGCAAUAUUGGCAAUAUUAGUUAGCUCUCCUCUAUGCUAUUGCCAGUGUCUUAAGGCUCGUCAGAAACACUGUAGUAUCUGCACAUCAUGGGAGCAUAUCUUUCUGAACCCGUUACGGAAAAAAUAUCAUCCGAUGAGUCCGGAAAACACAUUUCUUACGGCGCUGCCUCAAUGCAAGGCUGGCGCAUCAAUCAGGAGGAUGCUCACAAUUGUGUCAUCGACUAUGAUGAUGGGGACACAUCGUUCUUUGCUGUGUAUGAUGGCCAUGGAGGAGCUGAGGUGGCCAAGUACUGUGCCAUGCAGCUCCCAGAGUUCAUCAAGUCCCUUCCCAGCUACAAGGAAGGAAACCUGGAGACGGCGCUCUCGGAAGGGUUCCUCAAGUUUGAUGCCAGCCUCGUAACUCCGGAGGUCCUCAUCAAGCUGAAGACGCUUACGGAGACCAACUCUGACGGAGAUCUCUCUGGAGCCGACUCUACGGAAGAAGAUGAGGCGGGAAUGCUGGAGGCAGAGGCAGACAUGCCCAUUGAGCAGGUGCUGGCGCGCUAUGGUGCAAAGGUGGGAAUGAAACGUGGUGCUGGAAAGGGGGAUGAGGAGGACGAUAGUGGUGGAAAGGAGGAAGAAAAAGAAAUGAAGUUGGUGAAUGGUGACAGCUCCGCACCAGAGGAGAAGGAGCAGGAUAAAGCAACAUCACCUCAGGCGCAGAGCUCCUCGACUCGGGAGUCCGCAUCGAAAGCAGAACCUGGCAGUCCGUCCGCUGCGUCGUCAGCUGAGCCAUCCGAGCAAUCUGCAUCCUGUACAGACCAACCCCCAUCUGGCGCAUCCGAGAGCAAGGAUGAUGGAGGUGAGGGGUCAUCGGGAGCAAGUGGAGAGAAGAGUAGACUUCGACGUGCCAAGCCGUACACGGCUCUCAUCAUGGACGAGGAGAUCUCUGACAGUUCCGAGGACAGCUCAGAAUCGUCCCAAGAUGAAGACGAAGAUUGUGCGGAAGAGGAGGCAGAAGAGGAUGAGAAUGAUGACGACGAGGAAGGGCAAGUGCCACUUUUAUGUGAAGCUAAGAAAUUUAACCCUUUGCAACUCAGGUGUGUUAUAGGGGCACUAAAAUGCAAAAACAAGUUCACUUCAAAUUACGUUACACGCUACGUUAAUUUCGUACUUGUUAUCAGAAUUCAGAACUUUGAUUCCGUUACGGAGCUACAAUCGAAAUUAUACCGGACUCUUCCUUGCUUCGGCGCUAAGCAGUGAAUGUCCUUUCAGCUC